ACAUUCUUAUUCAAAAUGACCUUAGAAGUUCUUCCAUAUGAAAUAUUUCAACUGAUAUGUUGGUCCCUUAUUUCAAAAAGACAGGAUCUUGUUGAAUGCUCUGUAGUUUCUACAACAUGGUUACCACGCUUUAUGCCGCUUCUCUACCAGGAUAUUGUUAUCCUUGGUCCGCCUAGUUUCCAACUCUUUUAUGAUUGUUUACGACUUACUACUUCAACACCAUGGACUAUGAAUAGACAAGUUUGGAUCCGGUCUUUGUCAAUACAGGAUGGAAACAUUAGUCAAAAACAAUUGAAUCUCUUACCCAGUAUGUGCCCAAAAUUAGAACAACUCAUUAUCGACGGACGCGCUCAUUGGCAUUCAACUUCAAAUACCAAAGAACGACUUGGAACAGAAAACUGGUGGCCAUGUUUGAAACGAGGAUCUAUUUUAGCUACCAACAUUACACCCAUUUUGAUGAAGCAUGCACCGAAGCUGACACACCUCACUCUACGUUGUAUGUUUGAUGUAACACUGACUCUACAGGUAUUGGAAGCUCUAUCAGCAACACCACUAUUGCUUUACCUUUCUCUUGAUGAAUUUCAAUGCUCCACCAAUCAUAUCGAUAUCAUUCACCAAUCAUGUCCUGAUCUAGAAUCCCUUCGACUUGUCCAUACAAUUUUACUUAAUACUCAACAGCAUCACGAUUUAUACGAUACCAAGCUUUCAUCAUCAUCAUCAUCAUCAUCAUUGCCAUCGCUAUCACUACAUGAAUUUAAGUUACAAGAAGUGUCCUUUUUAGAUGAUAUCGAUGAUUCAACAGCAUGGCUUUCAUAUAUCGUUACGAAAUACCCACAUAUGGAAAAAUUAGAAUGGUGGCAUAAAUCAUCUCACAUCUCUGGUUUCCCUCCUCAUUUCCAUAUCUCCAUGACAAAUCUUCUAGUGACUCAAUGUAUUCAUCUAUACUCGGUUAGGUUCUUCAAUGUGGUAAUUGACUCGAUGUUCUAUCAAAAUUUACUAUCAAGAAACAAGUUGGAGACCUCUAAUCGCUGGUUGCCAAAAUCAAGAAUUGUUCAAGAGAUUGGAAUGAAUGACAAUUUGGAUCUUCAUAUAUGUGGUCAAGAUCUUAUCUCAUUAUCUGUAUGGUGGAACAGUCCUCAUGAACCUCUAGAAUACGUAUCACAUCUUCCUACUCAACUUUUGGAUCUUCACUUAUCUGGACGCCUCUGGUAUGGAUCAUUCGAUAUACACCUUAUUCUGGACACCUGUCUUCAGUUGGAAAGUUUACGACUUGAUUUCGGCACGUUAGAACAGGUAACACAAACGACAAUACAACGACAUCAACAUCCUUUGAAGCGUCUUUUUAUGGAAGAAAUCAAGUUGACGACGUUUAUGAUGGACUCUUUGUCUUUUCGAUGCCGAGAUCUAGAAGAAUUAGAUUUAUUGGACUGUGUUUUAAUGGAUGAUAACCGACAACAAGAGAAUGACAUGAUGGAUGAUAAUUAUACGACAUAUACAUUUGGACGAAAUCAUGGUCGACUUUUAUUUCCUUAUCAGCGGUUUCAACAGGUCAAACUCUGUGGAUUUCGAUUUUCGUCUAAUCCUUCAUUACGUGUGAAAAGUAUAGGGGUUUAUGAAAUAGGAAAAGAACGAAUAAAAAAAGAAUAUUGGUAUUAUCUCAGUCAUCAUGCUACUUUUUUGUCAUAUACACCAGUGCAUAGUUGUCGUUACAAGUUUCCUGUACACGCCAUCAAACAACAUUGUAUUGUCAAAAUCAACACCAACCAUUUUGGACGACAAAUUCAAAUGACGCCACCCAUUGAAUUACAUGCUUUACGACAAAUGCAACGUCAUGGAAAAUUUGGACGGGAUCCUCCUUGUGCUGGUUACCUCACCAUUUCAGCUUUAUCAAUCGAUCAGCUAUAUUUAGAAAAUAGAAUAGUUUGA